AUGGACGGUGAGAAGAACAUUACAAGCUACUGCCGACAACGCUUGGACACGGUCAUUUGGACGCCCACGAUGACGACUCUAAAAGAAUUUGCUGGACGGUCAUGCGGCACGCCAUUUGCCGAACAAAUUUUAAACGUCAUCGAGGUACUCGCCUUGUCGUGUGGUGUGUAUGUUUUAUUCGUCGACGUGACGGUCGGUUCUUCUAACCUCUGCUGUUGUUCCGUCAUUACAUUGGUGUACCUGCGACAUACGGUGUUUUGUUUAGACCCGAACGAUCAUCUGAGGGCGGUCGAGUUUCUGAAGCAGGCAUGCGACAGUAACUUCGCUGAAUUCGUCAAGCAGUUGUCCGAGAUCCUAUGCGACGCCAACGAACAAGCGUACGUUCGCCAGGCGGCUGGCUUGCAGUUGAAAAACUCGCUCACCGCCAAGGACACCCCCCUGAAGAUGGAACACAUGAAGCGAUGGCUGGCACUCGAUACCAAACUCAGGGACUUGAUCAAAACAAACUCAAUGAGCGCUCUUGGAACCGAAACGACGAAACCUUCAAUUGCUGCGCAGUGCGUUGCCAGCAUUGCCUGUGCAGAAUUGCCGCAUGGCUACUGGCGCGAAUGCGUAACGCAGUUGAUGCAGAACGUUACGCAUCCGAGCAGUACAGAAACUUUAAAGGGCGCAUCGCUGGAAGCUCUUGGAUACAUAUGCCAGGAUGUGGUAGGAAUUGAUUUCAUAAAUUCAUUGAACGACCAACGAAUAUUCGUCAUCGCUUCACCGUUGUUGCAGGAUCCGUCGGUUUUUGGUAGUGGCGCAGAUGAGAUCCUGACGGCAAUCGUUUAUGGUAUGCGCAAGGAAGAGACAUCGUCGUACAUACGCCUGGUGGCUACGCAAGCGCUGCUGAACUCGUUGGAGUUCACGACGACCAACUUUGAGAAAGAAAACGAACGCAACGUGAUCAUGCAGGUGGUGUGCGAGGCGACGCAAGCCGAAUACACCGAAGUUCGGGUAGCCGCUCUGCAGUGCUUAGUUCGGAUAAUGAGUCUGUACUACCAGUAUAUGGAACAUUACAUGUCGAAGGCCCUGUUUGCGAUUACCUUGGAGGCGAUGAAGUCACCGAUUGAGAACAUCGCUCUUCAGGGAAUCGAAUUCUGGUCAAACGUCUGCGAUGAGGAAAUCGAGUUGAGUUUUGAGGCUAGUGAGGCGGCCGAACACGGCAAACCUCCUAUGCAUGUCAGCAAGUAUUACGCCAAAGGGGCACUGCCGCAUAUCGUUCCCGUGCUUACAGCGACGUUGGCGAAACAAGAUGAAAAUGAGGAUGAAGACGAGUGGGUACCGUCAAAGGCGGCCAGCGUGUGCCUGAUGCUGAUGGCGCAGUGCGUCGGAGAUGAUGUGGUUGCUUCGACUUUGCCGUUCAUAAACGAAAAUAUCAAGCAUCCAGACUGGCAUAACGUCGAUGCGGCCAUUAUGGCUUUCGGUUCGGUUCUGGAAGGUCCAGACCCUGAGAACUUGAAGCCGCUUGUCGAACAGGCAAUGCCAGUGUUGACGCAGCUGCUGAGUGAUUCGCACAGUGCCGUGCGUGACAGUGCGGCAUGGUGCGUCGGUCGCGUUUGCGAAAUCUGUCAAGGUGUGGUUUUGGCGCCGUUUAUCCUCAAUCCGUUGUUGCCUGCACUAACUCACUGUUUGACCCAAGAACCGAAGGUCGCCUCCAAUGCUUGUUGGGCGAUCACGAACCUGACCGCCGCGGCGUACGAGUGUGCAAUGCCCGGAAACGUAUCGGCGGACGGCCGAACCAGCGGCCAUUCGACUACUUACAUUUUGUCAUCUUGUUUCGAAGCGAUCGUCAACGAGCUGUUAAAGACAACCGACAGACCGGACGCGAAUCUUUCAAACUUGCGAAGUGCUUCGUACGAAAGUUUAAUGGAACUGAUUAAAACUAGUCCGCAGGAUUGCUAUCACGUGGUUCAAAACACGACAAUAAUUUUUCUGAAGAAGCUCAACUCAAUUUUAGCGCUUGAAGGCAACAUGCAGGGCAGCAGCGAUCGCUCACAGCUGCAGGAUUUGCAGGCUCUGCUUUGCGCUGUGCUGCAAAGUUGUAUUCGUCGGAUGCAACGCGAGGAUGCACUGAAUAUCGCUGACACAAUCAUGCAGUCGCUUCUACAGAUCAUGCAUCGUAGUACUGGAAAGGGCAGCGGUAGUGUGAAGGAAGACGCGCUGCUGGCUAUCUCGGCACUGAUCGAAGGCACGCUUGUACAGUUUUGCUUGUUGUUGCUUCUCGGUCAAGAUUUUUUGAAAUACGUCGAGGCGUUCAAGCCGUACCUCUACCAAAGUCUUAGAAACCACGCCGAAGGCCAGGUGUGUCAGGUAGCCGUUGGUCUCGUCGAUGACUUGUGCCGUUCACUGGAUAUGAAAAUUUUACCGUUUUUGUCAGAGACGAUGCAGAUUCUCUUCGAAAUAUUGGCGGACAUGUCAAUGGACAAAUCAGUCAAGCCGCAGAUUCUGACCGUUUUCGGCGACAUCGCAUUGGCAAUCGGUCCAAAUUUCAGCCCGUUUCUUCCCGCAGUACUUCCGACGCUUUUGCAGGCGAUGACUGCGGAGAUCGACCCGAAUGAUUUGGACCAAGUCGACUUUCUGAACCGGCUGCGUGAAAGUUGUCUCGAGGCGUUCGUUCCACUGAUUGUGACCGUCUGUGCUGUGGCAGGUGAAUUCGCGCUGAUUCAACAACACAUGUUCCCACUUCUGCAGUUCGUCGAGAAAAUCAUCAGUGAUGAACAGGCGAGCGAGGAAUUAAACACGGCUUGUGCUGGUUUGAUCGGUGAUUUGGCUGGUUUGUUCGGAAGCGCGAUACUGCCGGCGGUGGAACGGCAGCAGGUGACCGAUUUUUUGAGUAAGCUUCGCCAUUCGAAGGACAGCAGAGCGCGGUCGUUGGCCACCUGGACAUUAAAGGAGAUCAAGAAGUUGAAGCAAGGCGUGCAGGAAGCUUGA